AUGAACCUGAAUGUGCGAUAUUUUACUCGAAGUAAAAAUAUUUAUUUUUGUACUCGCGUGGCAUAACGGAUUCCCUGAAAUUGUAACACAGCGUUAUUUUUUUGUCUGAUUUAGAGCUCUACGAGGCGAAGUCGCAAGAACUGGUGGAAAUUUUCGAACGCCUCUUUAUGCAGAAAUAUAGAGAACACGAUGGAGGACGCAGGAAUUGGGACGCCCGUGAUCUAGGGCGCAAUUUGGCAAACUUUAAAGAAGAAUGGUAUUCUGUUAUAUGAAGGGAAAACAAAUGAGCAAACUUUACGAAAGAUAACCAAACACAAAAUCCAUUAUGAAACUUAGAAGACUAACGAAUUUCAAAUAUAGGUUGUUUAAAAGCCGGUCACUGCACCUCCUGAUAAACUCAUCGGGGGUAGAGCUAGAAAGCCUCCCCCGCAUACAUUGCAAUUUUUCUGCUCCAAUAAAGCUAGCAGAUAAACAUAACUACUGUACUAGGAAUCAAACAGCUUUGUUCUUGGCAUAAUUCUUGGAAAACGUACAAGCUACUCGUUUCAACGAUAUAUUCAAUAUUUGUACAAAUUAAUCAUUGACGUGAGACAAUAACAGAAAGGAAAAACUGGUCCAAUGGAACAACAAUCUAAUUUGUCUGAAAUAUAUUUGUAGAAGGUUAUUUUAAAAUAACUGAAUGAAAUAUUAUUUAAAUUAGAUUUUGACCUGCAGAGUGAACAAUAUCGAUAAGUAAUGCAUUGUACCACAAGCAUUGGAAAUUGACAACACUCACUGAUUUAAAACUAACAAAAGAAGUUGGUCAUUUAACAAGGCCAAACUCGAACUGAAAAUUAUAUUUCCUUUGUAUUGCCGCGCUAACUAAUGCUGCUAAACACGAGCUAUUUAAGUGAUCUUUCCUCUGGCGUAAUCUUGUCUCUUGUUCUCGAGUUUCAAUAUUAACUGGAUAAACAGAACGUGCAGCGUUUUAAAAUCUCUGAUAUCGCAACGAUCAGUGGCUGAAACAAACAAACAGAAGAAGAGACCGACGUUUGUAAAGAUGAACAAAAUCAUUGGAAGAGGAUAAAAAAUAUCUCCUUCGACAAAGGUCCCAAACUAAUAUUCUCCAGCGAAUGACUUUUAUCAAGUGGACGUGAAAAAACGCGCUAACAUGGCGACCAUUUAUCACCGUAGCUUCAUCGUGAGUGGAAUAAAACUUGUACACAAAAAAGUACACUUCCUAACUAAAGAGCUAACUUUAAUAUUCAAUGAUACAAUGACGCGUGACAAAAUUUAGAUUGUCUACUGAAAUAGCGUCUAAUUCGACCGGGAAUACGAGUUCUAAUUUAAUACAUACGAAGAGAACGAGCACGGCAAUUAAGCUUGAAAUGUUCUGAUGAAGUAUUCUUAAAUUGCCUUUUUGUUUAAUUCGCUUCAAUUUAUGUAUUUAGACGAAGCAAACACGGACCAAUUUACGUAUGUUUACACACACGUUUACGUCAACUUAGUCAAUAGAGAGAUCCUGCUUCUCUUAUAUCAGGGAGAGAUAAGAGAGAUAUGUGGCAAGAUAUAUAUAUAUAUAUAUAU